CGCCUGGCGGCUGUGAGGCGGCGGCUUCUCCUCUCCGGCUGUUCUCGGGGGGAGGCUGGAGCCUCGGAGGGCUGGGUGGCCCGGGUCGGGGCGAAGCCUCUUCUGAGCAGCCAGAACGCCGCAUAAAGCUGUCAAACCUGAAAAUAAUCUCUCCUAGCAACUACCUUCUAAUAAUCUGUCUGGAGACUUCUGCCAGCUGAGGGCGGGAGAUGUCUGUGCUGUCAGUUUUGUAACUGAAGCAGACUUUCUGCCAGGAAGGGUGGAUGAAGGUAUAGAAAAGGGUGUAAUUGCUACUGAAGUAAAAAUUUAAAGGAGGCCUCAUGACAACAAAAGCAAACUUUGCUGUGACAGCAGGAUCUAUAGUUGUCCCUUAUGGACAUGUGAUUGGAAAUGAGAAGUGGAGAGGGUCAGAGAUUGCCCAAAGGCUACAAGGGAAAAUUAGACUCAUCUUUGAAGAUGGCUUGGGACUUGUGGAUUUUCAUCUUUCAAACAGAACUUGCAUUUUUUAUAUAUCUGAGGCAGAUUUGGUUGCAGGGGAUGAAUUCAAACGAAGAUUGGUUCGGUUUAGAAAUGUCAACAGUCUUUGGGGAAUUGUAAUUGUGGAGACAACUCAAAUAAGUGAUCAGUACUUCUUAGCUGUACAGAAGUUUGUUGUACUAGAACUCGGAAUGGUAUUGCUUCCUGUGGCAAAUCAAGGAGAAGCUUCUCAACUUAUUACUCAGCUAGUCCGUGAACAAAGUAAGGAUCACAACAGUAACCCCUUUCUUCGUAAACAGUGUUCUCAGCUGGCAGAGCCAUCAGUGUUUCGAACCGUGCAACAAAUUCCAGGAGUUGGGAAAACAAAAGCUCUACUUUUACUGCAACAGUUUGGAAGCAUCCACGGGAUUUGUAAUGCAUCUGUCAAAGAACUUGAGCUAGUAGUUGGACAAACGGUAGCACAACAAAUUUACUGUUUUCUAGGUUCCUGAUAUGCAUGUAUAGUGCAGUUUGGGAAAACAAAGGUUUUUUGUUUCUUUCUUGUGAAUUGUAAGAUUUUGGUGGUGAUAUUCAUAUUAUGGCAAUUUCUGUAAUCCUGGUAACAACUAGAGGGUAUUGACUAAUUGUCCAGACCUUACUCUGCUGCUUCUUUACAGCUGUUCUGCUCAUAUAGAUUGAGUUGUGAAAAUUACCUUGGAAAGAGAACUGUAAAGUGUUUUGCACUGUACAAAAAAAAAAAAAAAAAAAAAAAACCUAACCAAAAAAAAAAUGAAAGCAAGCUGUCCCUUUCAGCAUCCACGGAAAAAAAAUGGAAAAGCAAUUUGCUUGCUUACUUUUGUCUUGCAGAAAUAUUGUUAAUAUAUGGGUGAUGUUAUCUUCUCAGUAACUAAAAGGGAGUUACAGUGCUUUGAAAAAGUUAGCAUUCACUGAUUUAUAGUAACAUCUUUGACUUAUAAUUCUUUGGGGUUCCGAAAGUGCUACUGGAAUACAUCUUUGACUUCACACUAACUUAUUUCUCUGUUUCUUUUUUCAGUUCACAGGGUGUUAACAAAUUUUUUGUCUUUGUGUCCAAUAUAAAAAAUCUUUGUUAAUUCAUGUUGCACUUUUGAAUAUAGGUUUGGAUAAUUAUAAUCAAUUACAAUAUGUUUUGACACAUUAUCAACUGCAACAUAUAACAUCAGUUAUUUUCUUUGCAGCAUAUAAUAUGGAGAGCUUUGAUCAAAAUUCCUAAUUCAACCUGUUCUUCCAGUAUUAAUCUUUCAAGAGUUAUUUGUAAAGACGAGGGUUGGUUUUCCUGACAUCUUGCAUUUUAUUUUAAAUUAUACUCAUCUCAUUUAGUAAGGGUAGAAUUGCCUUUUGCUGUAAUACACCCAAUAAAGGAGGUGUAUGAAAAGCUUCUUUUAUAGUACUUACAUUUUGGAUCACAGCAGGAAGGCAGUUGAGCAGGAUUUUCAACUCCCUUUCAUAAACUAAAGAGAAGUGAAUAAUAGAGCCUUGGCAGCUCUGUAACCAAUCUCAUCCACCAGUUAGCAUGGAUAGCAGAUAGACCUGUUAUUUAUAUUCAUUCCUUACUUGGCAUGAAAAUGCAAUUUGGCUAUAAAUAUUUAAUUUACCGAAUAAGAAACAUCAGAAUUUCAAGAACUACAGGACAAGAUAAUACUACUUUCUUACAACUAGGGAAUGCUUAGGAUUAUUUAUAAGUCUGUUUAGAUUUUACUCCCUCUCUCUGACUUUGUCACUUUGCUAUGGAGACUAGAUUUCACAUCUGAAGGUAUGUGGCUAUUGAUGUGGCAAGGCAAACACCUUUUUACUACUUCAAAUGGCCAUCUGUUCAGUGCAUUAAAUAAAGUUCAAUUAAAGUA